UUGGCAUACGUAAUUACUUUACAUUUGGUUUUUGGGUGGUAGAGUUGAUCAGGGCCACUCUGAAAUGGUCAGAAUUUGUGAUAAACUGGAGGAGCUGGCAAACUCAGAGUUAUAAAAGCCCAAUUCUCAUCUCUUUCAGGUUUGAUUUUCCUUUUAAGCCCAAACACAAUUAGCAUUUUGAGAGAUGGUCCACAAAAAUAAUUUUUUCUUGUAAUACAGCACAUAGCUAUUUUAGUGUAUUUGAUCUGAAGGUGUUUCUGAUUCUGCCCUUCAUGUGUUGUGUCAAAUUGAGCUUUAAUACAGUAGCUGCCAGGCUAGACUUUAAUCUGGUUUUAAUGUUAAGUAUUGUUCAUGUGAAUUCCCUUAAAAUUUCCAAAUUUUUAAUCCUGUGUUAUGCUUUUAAAAUUUAUUUCUCUCCCUACUCUUUAUUUUAAGGUGAAAAUGUUUAUCUGUCUAAAAUAAGAUGGAUGUACAUCUCUUUUGUUCAAAUGAAACUAUCUUACUUGCUUCCCAGUCUCAUGUUAUCUAGAUACAGUUUUAUUACUUAGAAGCAUGUAUUUUAACUGAAAUAUGUGUGUUCCUAUCUUGCACAUUAGCAACAUCAGGACUGACUCAUCUUUGUAGUGAGAAAGCUGUUCUGAGAUCUUAAUUACAGAGAUGGAUUUAUUUCUGUCUCCUUCCACCCUCCCUCCAUGCAUCUAUUCUAUGCCAUGUUUAAGGAACUACUGGCAUAUAUAGGAAUUGCAGAGUAAGUGUAGACUAGAUUUAAGGUUUCGUAAAAAGUCUGAAUUUGUUAUACAUUGUUUUCCCCUUUUUUAAUUAUAAAAUAUUUUUGUAUCAGCAGAUCUGCAUUCAUUUUUGUUGAAUAACUGGAAAGAGCUGGUAAUACUAUUCCAGCCUGCUACUAACCCUGAAAUCAAGUGGUAUUUGUUUCCAGAAUCUGGUAAAAUUGUGGCCUGGUUUUAGGUUCUGCUAGCAGAGGCAAGCCUAUCUCUGACCUGCAGGCCAGCUUUGGAUGGAUCUGUAAGAUCUUCAGCACAUCUGCUGAUGUUUUCCCAUUUUCAGUGAUGGAGAGAGUGCUUAACUGGCAAAAUCACUCUCAAGCACAGAAGUCGCAGAAAGCCUAUGCAGCACGUUGGAUCCAGGCCCAAGAGGAAGGAAUAACUUCCUUCCUGUUUGUUACUGGCCUAUUUUGAUAAGUAUUCACGUCUCCUUAUGAGCUUACACAUUUAAACCAGGUCCUUGCUGAGAUGGAAUAUGAUACGUCGAACAACUGUUGCAAAAAGCAAAUGAGUGGUUCUCAUAAGAAGGAAAUAAUAUCUUCACAAGAAAUACAGCUCAAGGAGGCUGAAGGAUGAAGGAGGCAUCAAAACUCAGAACAUAGCAGAAAGCUCCCGAAGCGUGUGCAUCAAAGCACAGUAAGACUGAGAGGAGCUGAUGCCUGGAAUGGGAGAAGUGAGAGAAGGAGCACUUAGCAAAAGGGACCAGCAAGAUUCUAGUGACAGAAUAAGGGAGACCCUCUACUGGGCCGUAUAGUUUUCUUACCACGUCUCUGCUUUGGAAAUGGUGAAGGAGUUAAUCGUAAUGUUUAAUGAGAUGCUCUGCUCAGCAAAGCUCCAGGAGCACCAGCUAAGGACCUGCCUUAUUGUGAACUUCCCUUGAUUCUAAAAAUCAUCAGACCCAUAGAAGACUUUUGCAGGCAAAUGAAGUGGAGAAGCAAACUCUGAGGUCUUUUCAGUCCAGGCACCUUGGAGGAGGAAUAUCCAGCACCAAAUUCCUAUAGAUCAGAGGGUGUUUACUGAGACUGGACUGAUUUGCAGAAGACAGGAUUUUUUGCAAUAUUUAGUGGUUCUAAGGACACAAAGAACUUUCAAGACUGCCUGCUCAUCAUGUCUUCCAUUCUUGGGAAGAUGAAGAAAUUUGGCAGUUCUGACAUGGAGGAAUCUGAAGUGACAGAUGAACACAUGGAUGGGGAGGACUCCAUGCUGGAAACGCCUGACAGCCUCCAGGGUAUGCUCAGCACCAAGGUGCAGCCACCCAAAAGCAACAUCUUUGCAAGACGUGGGCGGUUUGUGAUGGGGGAUAGUGACAAGGACAUGGCUCCCAUGGACUCCUUUUACCAGAUGGAUCACCUGGUGGCACCUUCUGUCAUCAAAUUUCAUGCCAAUUUGGAGAGGGGGAAACUUCACAAGCUCCUAUCUACAGAUUCCAUUACAGGCUGCUCAGAAAAAGCUUUCAAAUUUUAUGACCGCAGAAGGAUCUUUGAUGCUGUAGCCCAAGGCAACACAAAGGACCUGGAUGAUCUGCUACUCUAUCUUAAUAGAACCUUGAAGCAUCUCACAGAUGAUGAGUUCAAAGAGCCAGAAACUGGGAAAACCUGCUUACUGAAAGCUAUGCUGAAUCUACACGAUGGGAAAAACGAUACCAUUCCCUUACUGCUGGAUAUUGCAAGGAAAACUGGAACUCUGAAAGAGUUUGUUAAUGCAGAGUAUACUGACAACUACUACAAGGGCCAGACUGCACUUCACAUCGCCAUUGAGAGAAGGAACAUGUACCUGGUGAAGCUCCUGGUCCAGAACGGAGCAGAUGUUCAUGCAAGAGCCUGUGGGGAGUUCUUCAGGAAAAUCAAAGGGAAACCUGGCUUUUAUUUUGGUAGGGGGGAGCUACCUUUGUCCUUGGCUGCCUGCACCAACCAGCUCUGCAUUGUGAAAUUCCUCCUUGAGAACCCCUACCAGGCAGCCAACAUCGCUGCUGAGGACUCCAUGGGCAAUAUGGUCCUGCACACGCUGGUGGAGAUCGCAGAUAAUACUAAGGAUAAUACCAAGUUUGUUACCAAGAUGUACAAUAACAUACUGAUCCUUGGUGCCAAAAUUAAUCCAAUCCUGAAGCUAGAAGAACUCACCAACAAGAAAGGGCUGACUCCAUUAACUCUGGCAGCCAAAACAGGGAAGAUAGGGAUUUUCGCUUACAUCCUCAGACGAGAGAUCAAAGAUCCUGAGUGCAGACACUUGUCUAGAAAGUUCACUGAAUGGGCUUAUGGACCUGUCCACUCAUCUCUUUAUGACCUGUCCUGUAUAGACACAUGCGAGAAAAAUUCAGUGCUUGAGAUUAUUGCCUACAGUAGCGAAACGCCAAACCGUCAUGAGAUGCUGCUGGUGGAACCCCUGAACAGGCUGCUGCAAGACAAGUGGGACCGGUUUGUCAAACACUUAUUUUACUUCAACUUCUUUGUCUAUACCAUGCAUAUCAUCAUCCUCACCACAGCUGCUUACUACAGACCUGUACAGAAGUCAGAAAAGCCUCCCUUCACAUUUGGUCACAGCACCGGGGAGUAUUUUCGAGUGACUGGAGAGAUCCUGAGUGUACUGGGAGGUCUCUAUUUUUUUUUCAGAGGGAUACAGUAUUUUGCGCAGAGGCGCCCGUCAUUCAAGACGCUGAUAGUUGACAGCUACAGUGAGGUUCUUUUCUUUGUUCACUCCUUGCUCCUCCUGAGCUCUGUGGUGCUGUACUUCUGUGGCCAGGAACUGUACGUGGCUUCCAUGGUCUUCUCCUUGGCGCUGGGCUGGGCUAACAUGCUGUACUACACCCGUGGCUUCCAGCAGAUGGGCAUUUACUCUGUCAUGAUUGCCAAGAUGAUCCUUAGAGAUUUAUGUCGCUUCAUGUUUGUCUACCUAGUAUUCCUCUUGGGAUUUUCUACAGCUGUGGUGACUUUAAUUGAAGAUGACAAUGAGGGGCAAGACACAAAUAACUCUGAAUAUGUCCGAAGCUGCCAAAUGAAACGAGGCCGCACAUCCUACAAUAGUCUGUAUUAUACCUGCUUGGAGCUUUUCAAGUUCACUAUUGGGAUGGGGGACCUGGAGUUCACAGAGAACUACAGGUUCAAGUCUGUGUUUGUCAUCCUUCUGGUUCUCUAUGUCAUCCUUACGUACAUCCUCCUGCUCAACAUGCUGAUUGCACUGAUGGGGGAAACUGUGAGCAAAAUUGCACAGGAGAGCAAGAGCAUCUGGAAACUCCAGAGAGCCAUCACAAUCUUGGAUAUUGAAAACAGCUACUUGAACUGUGUGAGGCGUUCGUUCCGGUCUGGGAAGCAAGUCUUGGUGGGGGUCACACCUGACGGCCAAGAUGAUUACAGAUGGUGCUUUAGGGUUGAUGAAGUGAACUGGUCCACAUGGAAUACUAAUCUAGGCAUAAUCAACGAAGACCCUGGGUACUCUGGGGACCUCAAACGAAAUCCCAGUUACUCUAUUAAGCCUGGCAGAGUUUCAGGGAAAAACUGGAAAACGUUAGUUCCUCUUUUAAGAGAUGGAAGCAGGAAAGAGGAGACUCAAAAACUACCAGAAGAAGUCAAAUUAAAACCUGUAUUGGAACCUUAUUAUGAGCCAGAAGAUUCUGAGUUGUUGAAGGAGUCACUUCCAAAGUCAGUCUAAUCUUAUUCUAUUUUUAAGAAGAAGGUUAAUUCUAGUUGCCUAUGUUGGUCUCCACAAGCAGGGCAAUUAGAGCACUUCAUUCAUAAGAAUAGGGAUUUAUGGAAAAAGGUCAGAGGACUUAGGAAAUGACUGUGUGCAAGGAAUUAUUAAGUAUGCUAAAUAAACUACUUGUUGUUUAAACUCA